GUCGCUCGUGCAUUGGUGCUUCCAUUUACAGUUUUAUUUUCUCUCAUGUUUCUUCAUCAAAAAUCAUCAUUGAGGAUUCUUUUAGCAUGCUUUAUUGUCUGUACGGGAUUCUUUGUUGGUGUAACUUCGGAACGUUUAACACUCUCUAUGAUUGGAGUAUUGUUUGGAAUAUGUUCUUCUGUUUCUACGGCUUUACAUGCUAUCGUUAUAAAAAAGAGUUUAGAUGUUGUUAAAGGCGAUACUAUGGAAUUGGUUUAUUAUAACAAUCUUUUGAGUGCUAUCGCAUUUACUCCCGUAAUCUUACUAGCAGGAGAACAAAAAGAUGUUUUCGCGUUAUUUUUUGGCUCGGAUCCUACCGCUUUAUCUGAUAGUAAUGUUAGUUCCUCCGCUAGGACUUUUCUUGUCGGUAUUGUCGUUACGGGAUUCUUUGGCUUUUUGAUAAAUGUCGCUGGAUUUCUCCAAAUUAAAGUCACUUCGCCUGUGACACACAUGAUUUCAUCCGCAUUUCGUGGUGUUGUUCAGACCAUUCUUGGUGCACUUUUAUUUGGAGAAAUUUUGACUAGUGGUCGUGUUGCUGGCAUAUUUCUAAUUCUCACAGGAAGUUGUUUUUACACAUGGAUCAAGGAUCAAGAAAGCAAAAAAAUGAGGGAAAUAGAUGCUUCUGAAGUAUUAGAAAAAGGAGAAUUGAUAAACCAUGAUAAAAAAAUUAAUCUCGAGGGCGAGAAAGAAAAUGUGUAA